CGCAGGUGUGUUUCCGGAGUGCAGAUGGUGCUGUGUAAAGGAGCUGCUUAACCUCCCACGAUGCCCUUUUCUGACUUUGUCGUAGCGCUGAAGGACAACCCGUACUUCGGGGCUGGUUUUGGCCUCGUCGGGGUGGGCACAGUCCUGGCAUUAGCCCGGAAAGGGGCCCAGUUUGGGCUAGUGGCUUUCAGGCGCCAUUAUAUGAUCACCUUGGAGGUGCCCUGCAAGGAUAAAAGCUACCAGUGGCUGCUGAACUGGAUCUCCCACCACGCCAAGCACACACAGCACCUCAGCGUCGAGACGUCGUACCUGCAGCACGAAAGCGGGCGCGUCAGCACCAAGUUCGACUUUGUCCCCAGCCCUGGGAACCAUUUUAUCUGGUAUCGCAGGAAGUGGAUUCGCAUCCAGCGCAACCGGGAGAUGCAGACGAUCGACCUGCACUCGGGGACCCCCUGGGAGUCUGUCACCUUCACUGCGCUGGGCACCGACCGAGAGAUCUUCUUUGAUAUCCUCCGGGAAGCCCGGGAGCUGGCGCUGCAGGAGCAGGAGGGGAAGACGAUCAUGUACACGGCCAUGGGAACAGAGUGGCGGGGGAGGCGCCGGCCGCUCAGCUCUGUGGUGCUGGAGGAAGGUGUGUCCGAGAGGCUGGUCCAGGACGUGAAGGAGUUCAUCGGCAACCCCAAGUGGUAUCUUGAGAGAGGGAUCCCGUACCGAAGAGGCUACCUGCUGUAUGGGCCUCCUGGCUGUGGGAAAAGCAGUUUCAUCACAGCCCUGGCCGGGGAGCUGCAGUACGGCAUCUGCCUGCUGACCAGCCUCUCCGACGACCGGCUCAAUCACCUCCUGAGCGUGGCACCGCAGCAGAGCAUCAUCCUGCUGGAGGACGUGGAUGCUGCCUUUGUCAGCCGGGACCUCGCUGCUGAAAACCCGGCUGUGUACCAAGGCAUGGGGCGCCUGACCUUCAGCGGCCUCCUCAACGCGCUGGAUGGCGUGGCCUCCACAGAGGCCAGGAUUGUCUUCAUGACCACCAACUACGUAGACAGGUCAGAGCUCGCCCUCAUUUUCCAGCGCUUUUACCCCGGGCAGCCCCUGGCGGCGGCUGAGCGGUUUGCAGAGCAGGCGCUGGCGGUCUCUAAACAGCUGAGCGCCGCCCAGGUGCAGGGUCACUUCAUGCUCCACAAGACAGACCCAGAAGGAGCCGUUUCGAACAUACGCUCCAUCCUGCCCUGA